GCGGAGAGGCGGGCUGGAGGUCCGCGGGACGGAGGUGGCGGGGCUGGGUGCGCAGCCCUGAAGCAGCAGGCGCAUGUGGGCGCUCCGGUCGGCGUGGCGGUCCGUGGCCGGGCGCACCAUGUCGCAGGGAGCCGCCCGCCGCCCCCGGCCGCCCAAGGACCCGCUGCGGCACCUGCGGGCCAGGGAGAAGCGGGGUCCGUCCUCUGGCUCCGGGGGCCCCAACACCGUGUACCUGCAGGUGGUGGCGGCCGGCGGCCGGGACGCGGGCGCUGCGCUCUACGUCUUCUCCGAGUACAACCGGUACCUCUUCAACUGCGGAGAAGGCGUGCAGCGACUCAUGCAGGAGCACAAGCUGAAGGUCGCCCGCCUGGACAACAUAUUCCUGACACGGAUGCACUGGAGUAACGUGGGGGGCUUGUGCGGAAUGAUUCUGACCUUAAAGGAAACAGGCCUUCCGAAGUGUGUGCUUUCGGGACCUCCACAGUUGGAGAAAUUUUUAGAAGCCAUGAAAAUGUUUUCUGGCCCACUGAAAGGGAUCGACCUGGCGGUGCGGCCCCACUCUGCGCCGGAGUACACGGAUGAGACCAUGACCGUCCAUCAGGUGCCCAUCUACAGUGAGCGGAAGCAGCCCAGAGCGCGCCAGCCCUCCCUGAGUCCAGAAAGACCCCUGGGCCGGCUCAGUCCGGAGCGAGCCUCGGAGAACCAGCAGCGUCUUUCAGACGGCGACGGAGUGAGCCCGCGAACAGCAGGCAGGGACCCGUCCUUGGUCGUGGCCUUCGUCUGUCAGCUCCAUGUGAAGAAAGGGAACUUCCUGGUCCUGAAAGCGAAGGAGCUAGGCCUCCCCGUUGGGACGGCCGCCAUCGCGCCCAUCAUUGCUGCCGUCAAGAACGGGGAGAGCAUCACCUUCGAAGGAAGAGAGAUCUUGGCUGAAGAGCUCUGUACCCCUCCAGACCCUGGCCUGGCCUUUGUGGUGGUGGAGUGUCCAGAUGAAAGCUUCAUCCAGCCCGUGUGUGAGAAUGCCACUUUGCAGAGGUACCAAGGAAAGGCCGAUGCGCCUUUGGCCCUGGUGGUCCACAUAGCCCCGGAGUCUGUGCUUUUGGACAGCCGGUACCAGCAGUGGAUGGAGAGGUUUGGGCCCAACACUCAGCACCUGAUCCUGAAUGAGCACUGCACGUCGCUUCAUAACCUGCGCAGCCAUAAGAUCCAGACCCAGCUCCACCUCAUUCAUCCUGACAUCUUCCCGUCGCUCGCCGACCUGCCCUGUCAGGAAGAAGCCCCUGCCCUCAGCGUGCCCACCGUGCGUGGCAAGUGCCUCCUCAAGUACCAGCUGCGCCCCAGGAGGGAGUGGCAGAGGGAUGCCAUUGUUGCUUGCAAUCCUGACGAGUUCAUAGCCGAGGCCCUGGAGCUCCCCAACUUCCAGGAGAGUGUGCAGGAAUACAGGAAGAGUGUGCAGGAUGGCCCGGCCCCUGCAGAGAAGAGCAGAGAAUUCCCAGAAAUCAUCUUCCUUGGCACAGGCUCCGCCAUUCCCAUGAAGAUCCGCAAUGUCAGCUCCACACUCAUCAACAUCAGCGCUGACAAGCGUGUGCUCCUGGACUGCGGUGAAGGAACGUUUGGGCAGCUGUGCCGCCACUACGGGGACGAAGUGGACAGGGUCCUGGGCACCCUCGCUGCUGUGUUCGUGUCCCACCUGCACGCAGACCACCACACGGGCUUGCUCAACAUCCUGCUGCAGAGAGAACGGGCUCUGGCGUCUCUGGGAAAGCCGCCGCAGCCCUUGCUGGUGGUCGCCCCCACCCAGCUCAGGGCCUGGCUGCAGCAGUACCACAACCAGUGCCAGGAGAUCCUGCAGCACAUGAGUAUGAUUCCCGCCAAGUGCCUUCAGAAAGGGGCUGAGGUCUCAAAUCCCACGGUUGAAGGACUGAUCAGCUCACUGUUGGAAAUGUGUGACUUGCAGGAGUUUCAGACCUGCCUGGUCCGGCACUGCAAGCACGCCUACGGCUGUGCCCUGGUCCACACGUCCGGCUGGAAAGUGGUCUACUCGGGGGACACCAUGCCCUGCGAGGCCCUGGUCCAGAUGGGGAAGGAUGCCACCCUCCUGAUCCACGAGGCCACCCUGGAGGACGGGCUUGAGGAGGAGGCAGUGGAGAAGACGCAUAGCACCACCUCCCAGGCCAUUGGUGUGGGGAUGCGCAUGAAGGCACAGUUCAUCAUGCUGAACCACUUCAGUCAGCGCUACGCCAAGAUCCCGCUCUUUAGCCCCGACUUCAACGAGAAAGUCGGCAUUGCCUUUGACCACAUGAAGGUCUGUUUUGGAGACUUUGCAACAGUGCCCAAGCUGAUUCCCUCGCUGAAGGCGCUGUUUGCCGGCGACAUCGAGGAGAUGGAGGAGCGCAGGGAGAAGCGGGAGCUGCGGCUGGUGCGGGCGGCACUGCUCUCCCAGGAGCAGGACAGGGAGGCCCAGCAGAAACGGACCCACUCCGAGGAGCCACGGAGCCCACAGAGCAAAAAGGUCCGGGCCUAGGGAAGGAUCCCACGUAGCCUUGAACCUGCAGGCCGGACGUCCUCCUGCCUGCACACAGCACCUGUGGCUGCUCCUGCUGCCCUGGUGAGCACCAGGGAGCAUAGCCCCAUGUUUCUGCCGGAUGCCUCCUGCGAUGAGGGCCCGGCCCAGCUGCACAGGAGUUG